AUGGCGUGCAGCCUCAAACGAUGCCAAGGUUCGUCCCAAGUGCCACCCUCGCUCUUCCACGCCGUGACGCUAGGCAAGCGCGGGUGCAUUUGUCCGAAAGGCGUCAACCUCCCGCCGGUACCCGAGCCAGCGUUACCUGUGCUGGACCCGCGACGCAACGGCAGCAUCGUCGUGCGCUACAACCACUACAAGAAGGCAUUUCCGAUUGCUAACGGCAGCACGACCACCGCCGAGAUUGACGCGCAGUACUUCCUCCUUUCCGUGUUUCCCAAGGCCGCGCUGCGCCUCAGUCGCUACGGCCCAUCGGACUUUGGCUAUGAAGAGAACGGCGAGAACGAGCGACCGAUGCUGCGCGAAGACCCGCCCGGCGUCUACCACGAUCUGCUCGAUGGCGACGUCGUCUGGGUCCACGUUGAAGAAGACGCGGCCGAGCGCGCGGCCUACGAAGAGCGCCAGGACGCAUAUGCCAAAGCGGCAGCGACCAAGCGGGCCGAGGCGCCGCCACCGAAUGGACUUCUCAAGGAGAACACCGAGUCGUGUUCGUGCCUGGAAGGCAACCCGUGCGUCGAUCGGUACUGCUGUAAAGACUGGGACCAUCGACUCGAGGUUGCCAAGCGACAUGGCUGGAAAGGCUUUCAGUAG